AUGUACCAUUUCAGCAACAUCACAUCUGAGUUCCCAAUCUUCCUCCUCACAGGUUUCCCUGGGCUGGAGGCCUUCCACAUCUGGAUCUCUAUUCCCUUCUUCCUUCUAAGUACAGUUGCGCUCUUAGGGAACAGCAUGAUCUUGAUAGUGGUGAUUCUGGAGCCCAGCCUCCAUGAGCCCAUGUACUAUUUUCUCUUCAUGCUGUCUACCACUGACCUGGGAUUGACCCUCUCCACGAUGCCCACGACCCUCGGUGUGCUCUGGUUGAAUGUCCGUGAAAUCACCCUUGACGCAUGUAUCAUCCAGCUCUUUUUCCUCCACAGCUCCGGCUUUAUGGAAUCCUCGGUACUGAUGGCCAUGGCUUUCGACCGCUUUGUGGCUAUAUGUAGACCCCUCAGAUAUGCCACCAUUCUGACUCACUCCAGAAUACUAAAGAUUGGUGUAGCAAUUGUCCUUAGAAUGUUGAUCAGCCUCUGUCCAUCCCUCUUUCUCAUUAAGAGGCUGUCAUUUUGUGAAAUCAAUGUCCUUUCCCAUUCUUAUUGCUGCCACCCUGAUGUGCUUAAGGUUGCAUGUUCUGAUUCAAGGAUGAACAGUUAUGGAGGCCUAGCUGUUCUCAUUCUGGUCACAGGGGUUGAUACACCAUGUAUUGUCCUCUCCUACAUCCUUAUCAUCCGCUCUGUGCUGAACAUUACCUCCUCAGAGGGACGGAGCAAGGCCUUCAGCACUUGCGGCUCCCACAUUGGGGCUGUGGUCGUCUUCUAUAUUCCCUGGGUUGUGCUUUCAGUCGUCCACAGAUUUUUCCAUGGCUCCCCCAUAUGUCCAUCCACUAUUGUCCAAUCUCCAUUUCCUUGGCCCCCCUGUGCUGAAUCCCAUCAUAUAUAG